UUUUAUUUUUGGAACCGAGUGGGAUCUGAUCGCCUUGUUAGGUCUGUUAUAACAUUUCCAACACCCCCGUCUGAAAGAAGGAGAGAGGGAGAGAGGGAGGCAGGGACUGAGGAAAAGUGACUUUCCUCCCUUAAAUCAUUACAAUAAUGCCUGGCAUGUCGGCUGAGAGAUUACAAUCGGAUCCUCGGAAAACCACGUAGCCAAGAUCAACUUUGUUUCCCACCAGAAUCCAAAAAUCAAACCGAAGAAGGAAAAUAGUUGAAGAAGACCCACAAUAUAUAUAUUUUUCUCUUAAAGGCGCAGUUCUUUUUUGGUGGUUAAAUGGCAUACGUGAAGUCGCGUUGUUUUAACUUUUUGAGAGCUUUUGAAAGAUAGCAACCAGAGACUGUAAACAGUAAAACUAAACUAAACUAAACAAACACUCAUUUUGAGUGCCUAAAAGCAACUACUUUUUAAAUGUAACAUUUUCUAGGGUUGUGAAAAAUUGGCUAUUUGUUUAUAACAUUUUGAUUAUUGUUUAGAUAAACCGCAGUUUAAUGAUGUCAUAAAAAGAAACAAACACACAAACCAAUAAGUAAAACAAUUCAACAAGUCAAUGGUUCUAUUUUGUUGGCUACCGAAUUAUGCUGAGAUAGGAAACCACUGUAUAUUGGAAUUAUUAAUUUUGGUCUUUAAAUUUGCAUUCAGUUAGAAUUAACGCAGUGAAAAAUAGAAGCCAUGAGUGGAGGUCGCUUUGAGUUCGAUGACGGUGGCGCUUACUGCGGGGGCUGGGAAGGGGGUAAAGCUCACGGACACGGUAUCUGCACCGGACCCAAGGGGCAAGGCGAGUUUUCUGGCUCCUGGAACUAUGGCUUUGAGGUAGUCGGAGUGUACACUUGGCCCAGUGGAAAUACUUACGAGGGCUACUGGUCUCAGGGCAAGCGGCACGGCCUUGGUGUUGAGACAAAAGGACGGUGGGUUUAUAAAGGUGAAUGGACCCAUGGGUUUAAGGGAAGAUAUGGAACCAGGCUAAGCCAAGGCAGUGGUGCAAAGUAUGAAGGAACCUGGAAUAACGGGCUACAGGAUGGAUAUGGUACAGAGACAUAUGCAGAUGGAGGAACUUUUCAAGGCCAGUUCACGGGUGGGAUGCGUCAUGGCUAUGGUGUCCGGCAGAGCGUUCCUUAUGGGAUGGCGGCUGUGGUCCGCUCCCCUCUCCGCACCUCUCUCACCUCCCUGCGCAGCGAGCACAGCAACGGCACCCUUCUGCAGCAGGACAUCCCUAUCAUCACCACGACCCCCGCCUCCCCCAGCCAGGACGCCCCCCAAGUCCCUGUCUAUGCGAUCCCCACCCGUGGGGGAUUCGCCCUGACCCUCCACGUGGAUCCAGAGACCACCAAACCCAAGAAGAAGGGGCUUUUCCGUAGAGGCUCCCUACUGGGGAAGCUGAAGAAAUCCGAGUCCAGGACCUCUCUCUCCAGCCAGAAGAGCAAAAUCAGCUUCCUAAAGAGCGAGUCUGGUCUCAGCUCUGCUGCCAGCGACGCCAACUCCACUAUAAGCUUCGGGGAGGGGACUGAGGGAGGAGAAGACUUCCCGCCUGUGGAGUCGGACAUCGACGCCACCACCACAGAGGUCUACACUGGGGAGUGGAAGAACGACAAGCGGUCAGGGUACGGGAUCAGCGAGCGAUCCAGCGGGCUCAAGUACGAAGGGGAGUGGCUGGAUAAUCAGAGGCAUGGAUACGGCUGCACAACGCUCCCGGAAGGGAGGAAGGAAGAAGGCAAGUACAGGAAUAACAUGCUUGUGAAAGGGAUGAAGAAGAGGGUAAUACCCCUGAAGAGCACAAAGAUACGACAGAAGGUGGACAGGAGUGUGGAAGGAGCUCAGAGAGCAGCAGCUAUUGCCAGGCAGAAAGCAGAGAUUUCAGCCUCAAGGACAGCUCACGCCAAAGCUAAGUCGGAAGCAGCAGAUCAGUCGGCCAUGGCUGCCAACAACGAGUCGAGCAUCGCCAGGGUAGUGUCCAAAGAGCUGUCUCCAUCAUUCUACCAGCCAGGUCCUGAGUAUAUGAAAAGAAGAAUAAUGCAGGAGAUUAUUGAGAACACAGGGAACGUGGAGAAUCCUGAACAGGAGGCACCGUCUGUAGAGGAGCCUCCACCUACCCCCCCAGACAGCCCGCAGCUUCACGAGAAGGAUAGCAUCGAACGAGGCUCAUCCCCGGCCCCCACCCCUUCACCCAGCCCCACAGGAACCCCCCCGGAGGGCAGGAGGUCGAGGCAGGGCAUCCUGAAGGAGGGGACCAGCUUCCUCAGCCCCGGGAACUGGAACGGGGAUCAGAGCAGCAGAGGUGGAAGCCGGGCAGGUAGCCGUCCAAAUAGCAGGCCGAGCAGUCGUCCAAACACUCCCUCUAACAUGCUUAUCCUUCCGGGAGAUGAGAGGUCAGCCUCCAGUAGCAGAACUCCCUCCCGGACCUCAAGCAGGCACAGCAACAGCAACUACGAGACAGAGCUCAAACCUCUUCAGAAGUUUGACGCUCCAGAGCCUGUUCAGAGCUUCCACAGUUAUCCAGUAAGGACCACAAUUGUAUAUCCAUCCGAGCAAGACGAUGAGCCAAUCCCUUCCCCUAAAGUGCCUUCAAAGCCUGCAACCCCCGAACCAAAAAUCGAAAUUAAAGUCAGAGAGACAAAAUUGGAGAUUCACAAACCAGUGGCUGAACCACAGCAGGCAGCAGAGUCAGAACCAAAGCCUGAAGCCAAACUGGUGCCAAAGGAAGACCGCAAGCCAGCGCUCAAGGUAGAACCCAAACAUCUACCUCUGGCUAAAGCAGAACUUACUCCCCCGGCCAAACCCGAGCCAAAACCGGCAGCUAAGCCUGAACCCAAGCCAGUGGUUAAACCAGAACCUAAGCUAGUGGCUAGACCAGAAGCAAAGCCAGUGGCAAAACCAGAAUCCAAGGCUGUAGCCAAGUAUGAAGCAAAGCCAAUGGCCAAGCCAGCUGCAAAGACUGAGUCUCAGUCAAAGGCUGAACACAAAUCUAAGACUGUCUCCAAGACCCAUUCUGAAGCAAAGGAGUUGACAGAUAUCGAUCAGGUAUAAAAGGCAAUGCUGGGGAGGGUGCUGGGGAACCCUUUGAGAUUCAAAGACUGUCAUAAAUAAUGUAGAGCUUCAGGACCAGACCGCUCUUAGCUGGAUUCGACUUCAAAGGCCCCAGUCCUGCUGAGUGUUUCUUUUUUAUGUUUACCUUUUUACACGCUUCACUACAAUAUGAUUUCACCUCGGUGUCAAGGGUGUUUGAUUAUGUUUCAUUUUCUUAAAACACACACAUGCAUAUAUGUGUAGUAACUGAUACGGUUUUAACAAACCUCAACAUACAAAGCCCUCUAGAGUGCUGUUAUUUUAAACAGAAUAUUUUAAUAUGUACAAUAUUUGUACAAUAAGUAGUGGGCUGAUUUUUAGCAGACUGUAAAUACUCUAAGGCUGGCAUCUAUAUUUGACACGCUUAUUUUUGACAAUUCACAUCAGUUGGUGUACUGCAAUAGACUUCUAUAAGAGUAAAUCCAAAAGAUUCAGUCUGUCCUGCAAUCUUGUUUUUGUUUCCUUUUGGUACUGUAAUGGUUGUGUAUACUGUGAUUGUAUCCACCAUUACAGCAUUAUCAAGACUCCUCCCUUUUCCUUUGGUAGUAAAUAAUAAACAGAAUAGUGAAGACACAGUACACAUUAAACUAAACAGACAUUCGUUUUAAAUAACAGAAAGUAUACCACAUUUCUAUUAUGAAUAGGUAAUGUCUUUUCCACAUCUCUUAAAGUUGUAGUCUGACAGCGUGCUAUUUCAUGCUUCAGCUAUGUGCUGUUCGUCUGGGGGACUAAUUACUGUAUGUGAACUACAGAACAUUCUUGGAUAAGGUAGUCACAUAGACAUGGGAAGCAGGAAAGCCAAGGUUUUUGGUUUUUUUUUUACAGUUUUUAAAGUGUUUGUACGUGCUAAUGCUUUACAGUCUGGAGACAAUAAAUCGACAAUAACCUACAUUUUUGUUAAUACUGCCCAAGGUCAUUUUAAAAUUUGCUUUUAGUCUGCUUGUUAAAGGCACAUUUUGACUCGUUUAUGCCAUGGGAUAAUGAAGUCUUGAGAAAUUAAAAAAGGUUCUGUAAUUAGUACACAAAAUAGUCUUAUGAAGAAAAUUGUUGGUGGAUGUAUUUAAAGACUUUUGCAAGUUGAUACAGUUCUGAUAUAAAUCCCUAAAGCACAAGUACAGAUUGUAAUAAAGGUAGUUUUGAAAUAUACUGGAUUGCAAGUAAAUUAUUGGUAUGCAGUAAAUUGUGAAUGGUUACAUUUGCAUAAACUAAAGGAGUUUACAGUUUUAUUAUUCAAGUGUAGUGUGACCGCUGUAAGAUAAUAAGACGGCACUAAAAGAAACACACACGUGUUCACUGCACAAAACUGCACAAACCACCAGCAAAAUUAGAUAAAAGGACAUCCACAUUUUUUAUUAUUUUAAUUUCUGAGGAAUACAUCUAAAGGAAAAUACUGCAACAGUGAAACAGCAUAUAUGUAAAUUGAAUACUAGAGAAAUUGUUUACAACUAUUUAUUACAAAUAAAGUACAUCCUAUUGUGCAUACUGGGUAAUGUAUAUGUCACAUACCUUAUAUUUUUAUUUUUCAGUAUUCCAAACUUAUGAUGUUAGUCACCUCAAGACCGUUUGGACUAUUUUGGGUGUUAGAUAACAUUUAAUUAAGACAAUACACUAAAAUAAUACAUCCUAUUGACUGGCAUCCAUUUCAAGCCGAGUUUAAUUUUAGGUUUGACCUGUGAGACAUGAUGACUAAAGGUCACAGCCCAGCAAUUUUCCCAGCUCAUCUAUAAGUAACCUUCAGUCUUUUCUCAAGAGACUUCAGCUGAAUGUCACUUUGUAAUCGUCACUACAAAAAGAACUGACCAGUUGCUAAGAGCAACAAACUGCAGAAGCUACUAGAACGAUUUCCCUAAAUUCUUUGGCGACAAGUAAUCAAUUUCCACAAGUUCCAGCUUCAGUGCAUUCUGCUGUUUAGAAAAUGUUAUUCAUUUGCAGUACAGUAUUUUGAAUACAGCAGCCACACAAUAAGAAUCAGAUACUGUGUGUGUGUGUGUGUGUUUAA